AUGGCUCCGCUCGAACUGAACGCAUUAAUAGCAGCUCUCCCCGAGCACGAAAACGGUUGGGGACCUCCGGUCUCCGUUGAAUCAGCGCUGGAUGAAGUUCCCUAUGCCCCUUACUCAAAGGGGGACAAGCUCGGUCGCAUGGCAGAUUGGACAACAGAUAGUGGAAAGGAUGGACGGGAUCAGAGGGGUGGAAGACAAGGCUAUAACAGGAAUUACAGAGGUAAAUAUUUCCUCCAAUGCUUGAGGUAUGCGGUACACUAACAGUAUGGCACAGAUCAAGUAUACGGUGCCGGGACAUCAAGUCUGUUCUCUUAUCAACAUGCUGAAGACGAGGCUUCCUUCUCCGUGGUUGAUAACCAACGUACCAGCACAAAGACUCGCACAGGUUUCGGUGGCCGCAUGACAACCUUCCGUGGCCGCGGUCGCGGUGGUGGUUCUGCACGUGGGGGACGCGGAGGUUCAGCAGGUGGAUCUGGGGGUGGAUUCCAGAGAGCUGGCGACCGCAGUGGUAGGGACCAAGGUCGUUUCGACAAUCGCGGUGGAAGGGGGGGUCGGGGCCGCCGUUUCGGCUGGAAAGACUAUGACAAGCCGCAGCGCAAUCGUGAUGCUUCGGUUGCUGUCAAGCCUGAAUGGAAAAUGCUCGAGGAAAUCGAUUUCAACCGCCUGGCUAAGCUCAAUCUUGAGACUGGCGAUGGUGAGGAUGUGGACAACUAUGGGUUCCUAUCCUACUACGACCGUAGCUACGACAAAGCCGCCGGUACUAAGCCUGCCGAGCGCAAACUCGUUGCCCAAGACCGAGUGGUAUUCAACCCGACCACGACCGAGGAUCCUGUGAUCCAGCAACUUGCGGAGAAGGACGAGGCGACAAUAUUCGCUACUGACUCUGUGCUUUCGAUGUUGAUGUGUGCUCCUCGGUCCGUUUACCCCUGGGACAUUGUGAUCGUUCGUGAGGGCAAGAGGCUUUUCUUCGAUAAGCGGGACGGUAGCCAGCUAGACUUUGUCUCGGUCAAUGAGAAUGCUGCGGAUCCACCGCUGGAGGCUAGCGAAGGAAAUAAGGAUUCCAUCAAUGCGCCUCACGCACUCUCUAUGGAGGCCACCUUCAUCAACCAAAAUUUUGCUCUCCAAACAGUGAACGAGGAGUCAAAGCACGGCUUUGAGAACCCCAACCCUUUCUACAAUGAGGAGGACACUGAGCCACUUGGUUCCAAGGCCUACAAAUACCGGCGUUUCGAUUUGUCUCUGAACGAGGAGGAGCCUGUACACCUUAUUGUGAGGACAGAGUUGGAUGCCGUCAUGAAGACUCCUAGCGGAGAAGAUAUGUUCCUCACUGUCAGGGCAUUGAACGAGUUCGACGGGCGUGCACAGGGUAGUGGAGGAGCACUCGAUUGGCGUACAAAGCUCUCUUCCCAGCGCGGCGCAGUUGUGGCGACAGAAAUGAAGAACAAUUCCUGCAAGCUCGCCCGCUGGACUGCGCAGGCCAUCCUUGCAAAAGCAGACGUGAUGAAGCUAGGGUAAUAUCUCCCUUCCCCCCUACUAUCAGUGACAUAUUCCUAACCAGCUCUCCCGCAGAUUCGUCUCCCGUGCAAACCCCAAGGAUAACAAUCGUCACGUAAUCCUCGGCGUCGUGGGAUACAAGCCCCGCGAGUUCGCUAACCAGAUGAAUCUCAACCUCUCGAAUGGAUGGGGUAUUGUUCGCACCAUUGUUGACAUGUGCAUGCACAUGCCCGAGGGCAAGUACGUGCUUGUCAAAGACCCCAAUAGGCCCGUGCUUAGGUUGUACGAGGUCCCACCGAGCACUUUUGAGGAGCAUGAGGAUAGCAAGGCUGUUGGCGGAGACGACGAUUAGUUUUUCUUUCUUGUUCUCAACUUAAAGCUUUAGUUAAAUACAAAAAGUUUUUUUCUUCCUUCAUUUUUUCUCUCUCCUGGUAGCGAUUUAUGCACAAAAGAACAUUGUGCUGUGGAUGUGCGGGGGUCUCUAGAUCAUUAUUGCCAUCUCUUGUGUCCGAAUGUCUCUGCCAAAUGUUGGUUUCAGAAUCCGUGACUUGGGGAGCAAAUAAUAAUAACAAUAAGGCCCAGUCCAGCAUGCCCCACAAAAUAUGCGUGUAUUGUACGAUACAGAUGCCACUCGUAUAGCAUUCCCCAAAACAGCUUAUUCUUUAAUACCUGAGACUGGUCAACUCCAAAAUAUAGGGAAACCCCGCAG